CUCCUUAUUCCUACCCUGAUCCUAACGAUGCGCUUCCCACUCCCACUGAUCACCAUGCUUCUGAACCCGUUCCGACCAUGUGAGGGCUCUCCAAACUUCCAAGAGGAAUAUCAUAACAGUAGCUAUGUUCCGGAGGUGAUUGAAACCGUGUUAGGCCGCCAGGUUGUGGCGCCAGAUACCCCCUACGUGGCUGCAGCCGGCACCAACGCCCUAUACUUCAUCGACACCCGAUUCGACCCGGAGACGGCCCAGCAUAUCAAGCUCCAAAUCGAAAAGGCCUCCGUGCCGCAACUGGACGAGUACAUCGCGAUUGACGAGAUGGAGGCGACGGCCGAAGUGAAGAACAGGGUGACUGGUGAAACGACCUUCGUGUUCGACCCCCACUAUGCGCGGGUGCUGUUUGCCAGAGGCAUGAACCGGCACAAUCCGGACCUCGAACUACCGGAGCAUGAGCCGGCCGGCGACUGGUUGGUGACCUACAACCUGGAUAAGGUAGUAUCCUGACGACGGCAACGCGGGCCAACACGUUCUGCUACCAUGAUGGCUGCUAUACCCAACAAAGGCUGCAUAUACCAGACGAGUGAGAAAUGUAAUAUCUGCCGCGAGGAUCGAGUGGACAACAAGUGUGCCGGAAUGCAGCUAAGCGCCAUCGGGAUAUGUCACCCACUCUGCUCUAGAGCUGCCGACACCCCCAAGUAAGAUAGAGAGGCGGAUGCAAGUUACUAUCGGCGCAUGUACGAGUUGCACUGGGCAGCGCAAGAAGAUGUACGAUAGGCUGCUAUGGGGG